AAUAUUUUUACAAUGUUGUAGCUGAUAAAACCUGCAGUUCUAUCAAUUACAUUUCACAGUGUGUAGAUACUGGGACUCCACAGACUGCAUGUGGUAGGUUAAGAAAUUAAACACUCCCUCUAGCACAAACUACAAAGUGUUUCCAUGGAAACACUAUUGAAAACAGAACUAUCUUCAUGCUUAUUUCUUGAUCUUGGCUGGGGAUCCACAGGGAGCAGAGUACUCCAGUGCCCCCUACUGGACAGACACUCUAAAUCCAGGAGGAGACUGCCCAGGAUGGGCUCUUGCCUCCAGGGUUCAGUUGCUUAGUAACAUCCAUGGCUUAAGAUCAUGGGGUACAAAUAGGUACUUGACAGAAGGAAUGGAGGUCAGAGAGCAAAUGCUUAGGGUAAGGCUCAUCUCAAAAGAUUACUAAAAUAAUAUAAAAACUAAGAAAGGAAAAAAGAUACAUUCCAUGCAUUUUUUUUCUCUUAAAUAAAUAUUCCAAAUAAUUUUAUGCUCAGAAAUGAAAAGGUCAGAAAUAAACCGAAUUUUGAAAAGCCUUUUUUUAUCUUGAUGUUCAUACAUUGAACUGAGUAAAGAGCAGAAGACCACAUCUUAUGUAAGACUUGAGACUGGAGUCUACAAUAGAACUGAUUACACCAGUCCUCUUGCACACAUAAGCCUAUUCUUUUUCUGGCAUGUCUGUUUGAUUAAAGUACUUAUGUCUUUUAUCCCAAGAAGAAAGGUGAUUUACAUAGGCAAGCUAGCUUGACAGCUGCUGCACUGAAACAGCUACCAGUCUAAGGUUUAACUGGACAAGUCUGCAGUUUAACUAACUAUCAUUUUGACUGGAGGGGAAUGUACGAUUCCCUUUCCAGCCAGCAUCCAUCACAUGGGAAAAAUUCCAAUAUUCCACUCCUUUAAAACCAGAAAUACCAGGAGAGUUAAUAAUGGUAUCAUUAUACACACUUCAACUCAGCCAUACCGCAUUGAAAAAAAGAGGCGCUAUAGAACAGCCACUGCCUAGAUAGCUUUGCAAACAUGCCACAAAAAGUAUUUACAUUCAAAUCCUUUUAAUGUCACUUCAGUGGGAUUGAGCAAGAAUUCGGACAAUAAAACAGAGAUGAUUUUAGCAGGACUUUACCAAUAACUUGGCAAAACAAGCAUUUAAAAUACAGAAGACGUGUUGAUACAACAAAUAUGCCUGCUUUGAUGUGGAACACAAUACUGUUUUUUAAAACUUUUAGUGUUCUGACUUUAUAUUUGGAAGAUUUCAAUAAAAAAAAAAAAGCUUUCUUGGAUGUAAACCUAUGUUAUGCAAUCCCAAAGUGGUAUUAAAUGUGGUGGAAAUCAGCGAUAAAUAUAAGUGAUAUUAACCAGAGUGUGACAGUAACUGAAGUGAUAUUAUCAGGAGCUUAUUCCCAUUGACUCUGAGUACAUUGUGACCAGGACAGUUCAAUGUGGUGAUAAUAAGCAGAGGGUGACAUUAACAGGAGUGACUGUAUUUGUAAAGAAUGUUGCCAGAAUCUUAUGAAACACACAAGCUAAUGGAUUGCUUUGUAGCCUACCAGGUUUGUAUGCACCAAGAUGCAUUCAGCCACAGCACAGCGUGUGUGUGUGCAGCGUGUGAGAUGAGGAUCGAGACUGUGGGGGGUUGUGAUUGGAAGAUGAAAUGAAAAGUGCUGGCGGAGGUAAUCAUGCAUAAAGCCUGCCUGCCCUCCAGCCUCUGAGUGACAAGUGAAUUGUGAGCCACAAAGCAUCUGGCGUAUUGAAAGAGCAGAGCCGAUGCUCGGUAGAGAAGCUCAAGGAUCAGGGCAUUUGAAUACUGAGAGCUGCUUCUGGAACAAACCAAGAAUCACAGCCACCAUUACACAUGUAUGCAGUGUUUAGACAUGAGAGGACACGGCAGGGAACCAGCAAGGAGAAGAAAGCUAUUGAACAGCAAGCCAGAGGUAGAGAGAGUGAAUCUGACCCGCUGGCCUUUAACCCAAGUGCUGCUUCCGUACUGCAGCGACAGAUAGUCGAUUUGAAGAGUCAUAUCAAUGAUUUACAAGAGGCCAAUGAGAAUGCUGUCCUUGAACUAGCCAAAGCAGAUGAAGAGAUCUCCCAGCUAAACGCUGAUAUGGCUAAACUGAAAGCUGAAUACGAAGAUAGACUGCAGGACUCCCUACAAAGACAUAGCAUAUUCAAAGAAAAGGUCAGUAGAAAGCACGGAGAGCCCCUCAGUGCUGUCAGUCCUGGGAACAGCUUGGACCUGCACGGAGAGGUCUGUCAGCUACGCAGCGAGUCACGGAAGCUCAGAGAGGCCAAUCACAGGCUGAAUGAGGAGAACCACUGGCUGCAGGAGGAGCUGUGGGAUAUAAGGAGACAGCACGAACGACUGCUGAGAACAAUACUUAAUGGAACGACUGACAGUACAGAGAGAGGCGAUGGCUCUUCACUAGCUCAGAUAAUUGAACACACCACAGAGCACAAUGGGAAAGUGGAUAGAGUGACAAGCCUGCAGUCAAAGUCUGAGAGACUGCCACCCCCAGCACACUGCAGGUAUGGAAAUGUAAAAUCAGAACCCAACAAUGGACUGGCUGAGAUUGAACUGCCAUCCUGGGAAGAGAGAGAAAAGGAACGUGCACAACGCAGCAGCUCCCCUCUUUCACUGGACAGUGAUGGCACAGAUUUCCUGCUAGUGGGCUUCAACAAAAGGAACGUUUCCUCCAAACAUGUGGCUUUUAAAGAUGUCCUGAGGAAGCAGAUCUCUCUGACUGAGGACGGGAUUCUGGGGGAUGCCUCCACUGAGCUGCCGUUAUCCUCCACCCGUCUUCACAGCCCGGGCAAAGAAAGCAGACCUCAACCCCUGGGGCUGGGACGUCCUGCCCAAGAGACAAUGUCAGGAGGCCUGCAGGAUGAUUCAGAUGAACUGAGUGAUGACAACAUGUCUUCAAUUAGUCAGAUCACCAAUGGCCUUAAUUCUCCAGUCCACAGCAGCGCCAACAGAACUGCAAGUAAAUCUGCCAUUGGACACGCCCCUGCACCCGACGGCAGCCAAAGACGAUCUCCUGUGGUGGUUCUGCCCCGACGGCCCUUUGCACCACGCAGCAUUGCGGAUUUGAAGGUUGGGAGCCUGGUCAAGUUCUCCCGGCCUGGAGGGAAGAUCAGCAAAGGAACCGUCAAGUACCAGGGAAAUCUCCCGGGAAGGCAGGAGAUGUACCUGGGAGUGGAGCUGGAGGGCAACGAAGUGGGGAAGCACAACGGGACCUUUGAGGGGAUCCGCUGUUUCCUGUGCAAACCCAACAAAGGAGUCUUUGUGAGCUUCAGCAAAGUGAUUAUGGCUUGGGAAUGAAGACCUUCAGAGACUGCACAAACAUGGUGGUGUGGUGGAUACCUCUUGUUUUCCUUUUGACUGCUAUUUUGCAGUCUCUAUACUGUGAAUAAAGUUUGAUUGUGUGUGUGGGGUCGGGGAUCUAAAUAAAAUCUAUAGUGUAAUCCCAUAGGGGAAGGUAAACCGAGGCCAUCUUCUACCACUUCUUUUAUUGCUUAUAACAAAACAAAAGCUUUGGAACUAGAAAUGUCAACAGCACAAAAAAUGAUUUAUAUGGGAAUUGUGUGUUAAAUGCUCUCUUCCUGUUGCAAGGGUUUUGAUAGAGUAUUUUCUACCUUGAAACAAAAUCUAUUUUUCUUUUAUGGACUCUUCAGCACACAUUUCUAAUUCUUAUUGUCAAAGUAUGUAUAGUAGUAACUCGACAGUACUUGCACACUUAAGUUGUACCUUCUUUCUAUUGUCUAGCUGUCUUCUGGGGUUUUUGUGUGUAGGCAAUUUUCUUUUUUUUUUUUUUGCAAUUCUGUUUUAAAUCCUCUGUAUCUUAACUGUAAUACAUCUUUAAAUCCUGUGAACAAGCCUCAAUUCCUAAUUGUGAUCUCAUUUUAACUCUCGCAAGCUGGGUAUCCAAUAGAAAUGCAGGAAUGUGCUGCCACUCAAUAGUAGGUUUUUGAUUUUUUUCAAUGGGAAAGAGGUGGUCAGCGUGAAUUGAGUAACCAUUUACAAUUUUUUGUGUUUAUACACCGAUUUCAUUAUUUUUUUUUUGUAUGGGGGGGGG